AUGCAGUUCCACCUGGCGCAGAAGCGGAGGGCGUACUCCCCCGGGGCGGCGUCGCAGCCGAACAGUGGACGGAGGAAGAAGAGGAUGGCGGUGGUAAGGCUCGGUGGCGAAGGGAGGAAGAGGAGGCUCUUCGGGGUGCUGCGGAUGCGGAUGCGCCUGCGGUGGCCGUGGCUCGCGGCGGUGUACCGGCGCGCGCUGCGGCGGCUGAGGGCCGGCUACGAACAGGCCCUGCGCGAACUCGUCGAGGGCAACGUGCUCGUGGGCGCGCUGCACGCGCCCGCCGGCGUCGACUGCGCCCACGCUGCCUCUUUCGGGCCCGUGGCCACCGUCGGGUUCUGA